CAGAUCGCACGCUCGAGCCGCCUUAUCUUUACCAUGCGCACAACCCACACGGAACGAACAAGGUUUGUGGCCUGGUGCCUCUGUUGCGUCUUGGCCUCCAGGGCUUGGUUGCUCGUGGAGGCAUCGGCGGCAGGAGCGUCGCCGGAUUCGCAUUCGUCGUCGUUGUUUGGAGUCCUCGGAAGGGCCCUCUGCGGCGGCGAGGGAGGGGACGAUCGAAACCGCGGCUUGCCGCGAUCCCUUCCGUACGUUCGGCUCGGCCGCCUGCCCCUCUGGAACGGGAGCAGCGGUCCGGUGCCGGAACCCCGCCGGGAUGCCUUUACACCAGACGAACGGACCGUUCCUCAAUCGUUUCGCUCCCGCUCUCGCCGCCGCUUUGGUCACGGCCUCGAACGCCGCUUAGCUGCGUGCCUGGAGGCCUCCCUGUCCACGGUGUCGCCGGUGCGUACAGGGAUGACCCUUCCCAUCAUCCCCCUCGGCGUCGACAUGGACGAACAGACGUGCGASGAAYUCGCCGAAAACGAGGCACUAGAUCUCCUCGUGGAGUCGGGGCUGGAAAUGGCGRGCGGCGGCGACAACGACUGGAUCGAGUGGAAGAUGCACGGUUCCACCAAGAAACUCAUGGAGGAGAACGACCAGAGCGAAACAGCGGUCCUGGAAAAGGGCGAGGUCAUGGUCUACAUCGGAAAGGCGAAACGAGAAGGGCACGGGUCGAACCUUCCCAUCAUCAAAACGAAAUCGAUCCUGCCCCUGGCGGCAGAGGAAAUGGCGGAUCUUCUCAUGGAUUCCUCCAGGGUCAAAAUCUACAACAAGCUGAGCGUGGGAAGGACCGAUGUGCGAACGAUUGGGGAGGGGACCAAGGUCGUCUGCAACCUCACGAAACCCCCGAUUGCCAAGUCCAACAUGGUGUCAUGCACCCUCAUGCACUCCCGAAAGCUGGAGGAGGGAUCGGCCCAUUUCGUGGUCAGCAGGGCGGCACCCGGAAUGGUGGACGAGAGCCUGUCGGAACUGCCACGGAACGACAUCCUGCUGGGGGUCAACCUCCUCGAGGACCACGGACCGGGCGAGUGCGUCAUGACGGCCGUCACGCACGUCUACUCUCCCGCCCUCCCCACGAUGCUUGCCAAAAAGAUGGGCGUCAGCAGCGCCAUCAAUUUCGUCAAGGAUAUUCGAAAUUCCUGCAUCGGCUCAAAAAGCUAAGCAACUGCAUAUGCUAUAAACAUAGUACCAAUAU